AUGAUACCCCAUUUCUCCCCGGCUCAUGUCGAGCUUUGCGAACAGCCUCUUCUCAAGAUCCUGCGAAACACCUGGUUCGACGAACUCUUCCGCCCCAGCAUGGAUCCGUCUACUAUUAAUAAUUGCGUGCUAUUGUUAGACCUGCCGCCAAAAGCCCUCGCCGGCAUCGACCUGCUAUCCUUUACAUCGUCACCGCGCUUCCGAGGCGUCCGAAAUGUCCCACAUGGCCUGCACUUUGUUUUUGCUGCCAUUGAUGGCGCCAUGUCCGUGAGACACGGCGCAUGGUUUUAUGUCACGCCUGGCGUGGGCUCACCACAAGUUUUUGUCAAGAAAUGGGAUCAAAGCACCGAGGACCUGGUGGCGGAAACAUCGCAGACUGAGGUUUUCAAGCACAAGGCCAACCUCGGCAGCAUAUGGAAAGAUGGCCUGACGCCCUAUCGGCAAACCGUGCAGGAAGGCGACUCGGGCGCUGAAGAUGGCUGGAAUGAAGAGAGCACCGACUGGAGUAAGCUUACCACACACAUCACGCCUACAAUGCUGUCGAGGAUAUGCGGGCUGAAUCCCGACCACUGGAACUUGACAUCGGCCUCGUCGGCCUCGCAGGACCUAGAUGACAUACCGGGCCUGGAAUCAAGCAAUAGCAUGUUGCGCCCGGAGAAGGAGUUGAGGUUCCUGCCAAUUGACCUGAAGAAAACAUGGAGAGAAGGAGCGACCGGCAGGGAACGGACAGAGGCUGCACAGGACCGGUCCUGGUUCCUAGGCGAUCUCAUCAACAAGCACUGCCAGGCAGGAGAUGAGCAGGGCCGGGAGAAUGAGAUUCUGGGCGAGCUGCAGUUUGCCUUUCUCAUGGUCCUGACGCUCAACAACAACUCUUGUCUCGAACAGUGGAAGCGACUGCUGCGACUGCUACUCACCUGUCGGCAAGCAGUCAAGGAGCGCUCUCAUCUUUUCCUGGACCUUUUCAAGUGUCUGCGCAUCCAGCUUGGCCACUGCGCAGACGCCGAGGGAGAUUUAUUCGACAUGAAUGACGCUGGCGGGGGAUUCUUGCGACCGCUGCUGGGCCAGUUCCGAAAAGGUCUUCAAGACUUUGAUGGCAAGUGGAAAGCCGAUAUGGUCGACGAGGUAGACGACCUGCAGGAGUAUAUGGAGAAGGAGUUUGGAUGGCAGCCCGAGGGCUCGUAUCUGAAGCGGGGCAUGUUGGAGUUGGAGGACGGAGAGCGUGUGGAAUUGGAAGUCAAUGGUGCAGAUGCAGAAGACGAGGUGGGCGACUAUGCGCCGACCAUUGUUGACUUGACCCCAGAGCAGCACAAGAUGUUGCACGGGACAGACUCUGAGCCGACCAAAGACACUAAAGGCGAUGCACAUGCAGAUGAAGAGUCAGAGGACGACGUCGACCUGGACGACAUGGAUACACGCUACUGA